GCAGGAACCUGAUUCAUGUGGUACUUCUGGACCAGCCUGCGCGUGUACUACCGCUUACGUAAUCACUGGUUUCACGUCAAUGGGGGUGGGGCUAACGCGGGGCUGGGCCUAAAGCUGUGCUGUCAUUGGUGCAGCUCCUCUAAAACCAUCUUUGCUGAAGCUGUGACAGCUUAUUCCUUCGUGUGGGGCACCGCGCUAAAAGCUGAGUUCGGACCAAACAGCAGGACCAGAAUUAGCAUCGCCACCAUCAUGGCUCUGAUCAACGACCCCAACUAUCUGAAGCUGGAGCAGUGGUACAAAGCUAACGCCGGGAGCCUCAGUAUGAGGAAGAUGUUCGACGAAGACCAGGAUCGGUUCAACAAGUUCAGCUCAGUUCUGCACACGAAUGAUGGAGACCUUCUGCUGGACUACUCCAAGAACCUGGUGGACCAGGACGUCAUGUCCAUGCUGCUGGCGCUGGCCAAGUCGAGGGGCGUCGAGGAGGCCAGAGAGAAGAUGUUCUCUGGAGAGAAGAUCAACUUCACAGAGGGCCGCGCUGUGCUCCACGUGGCUCUGAGGAACCGUUCCAACACAGCCAUACACGUGGACGGCAAAGACGUGAUGCCAGAGGUCAACAGGGUCCUGGACAAGAUGAAGGCCUUCUGCCACAAAGUUCGCAGUGGAGAGUGGAAAGGAUUCAGUGGGAAGAGCAUCACAGAUGUGGUGAACAUCGGCAUCGGCGGCUCGGACCUGGGACCUCUGAUGGUGACGGAGGCUCUGAAGCCGUACUCUGCUGGAGGCCCCAACGUCUGGUUUGUCUCCAACAUCGAUGGCACCCAUUUGGCCAAAACUGUCGCUCAGCUUAACGCGGACACCACGCUGUUCAUCAUCGCGUCAAAGACGUUCACCACCCAGGAGACCAUCACCAACGCAGAGUCUGCCAGGGACUGGCUGCUCCAGACGGCCAACGACAAAUCUGCUGUGGCCAAACAUUUUGUGGCUCUGUCCACCAACGCAGUUAAGGUCAAGGACUUUGGCAUCGACACAGCGAACAUGUUUGAGUUCUGGGACUGGGUCGGAGGUCGUUACUCGCUGUGGUCGGCCAUCGGUCUGUCCAUCGCCCUGCACAUCGGCUUUGAAAACUUCGAGCAGCUUCUGGCAGGAGCUCACUGGAUGGACCAACAUUUCUGCAGCGCCCCUCUGCAGCACAAUGUGCCGGUGCUGCUCGCUGUUCUGGGAAUCUGGUACAUCAACUUCUUCCAGGCUGAGACUCACGCCAUGCUGCCCUACGACCAGUACAUGCACCGCUUCGCUGCCUACUUCCAGCAGGGCGACAUGGAGUCCAACGGGAAGUACAUCACCAAAGACGGAACCCGUGUCAGCUAUCACACCGGGCCCAUCGUGUGGGGGGAGCCGGGGACCAACGGGCAGCACGCCUUCUACCAGCUCAUCCACCAAGGUACUCGAAUGAUUCCUGCUGACUUCCUCAUUCCUGCUCAGUCUCAGCAUCCAAUCAGAGACAACCUCCACCACAAGAUCCUGGUGGCGAACUUCCUGGCUCAGACAGAAGCUCUGAUGAAGGGAAAAACCCCUGACGAGGCUCGCGAAGAGCUGGAGGCCAGCGGUCUGAAGGGAGAAGCUCUGGAGAAGCUGCUGCCGCACAAAGUUUUCCAAGGAAACAAGCCGAGCAACUCCAUCGUUUUCAAGAAGCUGAGCCCCUUCAUACUGGGAGCUCUGGUUGCUAUGUAUGAGCACAAGAUCUUUGUUCAAGGCGUCAUGUGGGGCAUUAACAGCUACGACCAGUGGGGUGUGGAGCUGGGGAAACAGCUGGCGAAGAAGAUCGAACCGGAGCUGAAGGACGGCGCCGAGGUGUCAUCCCAUGACUCGUCCACCAACGGCCUCAUCAACUUCCUGAAGAAGAAUUUUGCCUAAGUCUGCGUCCAAUUGUCUUGUUAUGUUGUGUGUUGGUCUGAGUUAAUGUUGCUUUUAUGUAAAAUGUGCAGAUGUUACUGUUAGUGACCCCCCAUAGUCAGUACUGCCUCCAAAAUAAAAGUCCUGAUCAUAAGA